AUGCAGGUGGAACUCCCGAGAAUUGGGUCCCUGGGCUGGUCGAGGCGUGACGACCUCCUAGGACCCCUGGACUGGUGGAUCCGAGAGCAGUCGGGCCCUACCCUGGACAUGCCGGUGCCGUCCAGCUUCAACGACGUGGGCCAGGAUGGGCAGCUGCGGAGUUUUGUUGGCUGGGUGUGGUAUGAACGGGAGCUCACCCUGCCCCAGCGGUGGACGGAAGACCUGGGCACGAGAGUGGUUCUGAGGAUCAGCAGCGCCCACUAGUAUGCCAUCAUUUGGGUGAAUGGGGUCCACGUGGUCGAGCACGAGGGGGGCCAUCUCCCCUUCGAGGCUGACAUCAGCAAGCUGGUCCAGAGCAGGCCCCUGUCCUCUUGCCGCAUCACCAUCGCCAUCAACAACACGCUGUCCCCCCACACCCUGCCGCCUGGGACCAUCCUCUACAAGACAGACCCCUCCAUGUACCCCAAGGGUUACUUUGUCCAGAACACAAAGUUUGACUUCUUCAACUACGUGGGACUGCAUCAGUCUGUGGUCCUCUACACCACACCUAACACCUACAUCGAUGACAUUACUGUCACCACUGAUGUGGACCAAGACAUUGGUGAGGCUCCUGCCAGGAUCUUUGUCCAGGGCAGUGACCACUUCCAGCUGGAAGUUUGUCUUCUGGAUGAGGAAGGCAAAGUCCUGGCCAAGAGGGCAGGGGUCCAGGGCCAGCUGCAGGUGCCCAGUGCCCACCUCUGGUGGACAUACCUGAUGCAUGAGCACCCUGCCUACCUGUACUCGUUGGAGGUGAAGGUGAUGGCGCAGACGGCCGUGGGGCCCGUGUCUUCCUUCUACACCCUCCCGGUGGGGAUCCGCACCGUGGCCGUCACCGAAAGCCAAUUCCUCAUCAAUGGGAAGCCGUUCUAUUUCCGAAGGGUCAACAAGCAUGAGGAUUCAGACAUCCGAGGGAAGGGCUUUGACUGGCCGCUGCUGGUGAAGGACUUCAACCUGCUUCGCUGGCUGGGUGCCAACGCCUUCCGCACCAGCCACUACCCCUACGCGGAGGAGGUGCUGCAGCUCUGUGACCGCUACGGGAUCGUGGUCAUCGACGAGAGCCCCGGCGUGGGCAUCGCGCUGGUGGAGAGCUUCAGCAAUGUGUCUCUGCAGCACCACCUGGAGGUGAUGGAGGAAAUGAUCCGCAGGGACAAGAAUCACCCGGCCGUUGUAAUGUGGUCCGUGGCCAAUGAGCCCGCUUCCUUCCUGAAACCGGCUGGUUACUACUUCAAGAUGCUGAUUGCCCACACUAAAGCCUUGGACCCCUCCCGGCCCGUGACCUUUGUGACCAACACCAACUAUGAAGCAGACCUGGGGGCGCCGUACGUGGACGUGAUCUGUGUGAACAGUUACUACUCCUGGUACCAUGACUAUGGGCACAUGGAAGUGAUUCAGCUGCAGUGGGCAACCCAGUUCGAGAACUGGUAUAAGGCCUACCAGAAGCCGAUGAUUCAGAGCGAGUACGGAGCAGAUGCCAUUGAAGGGUUUCACGAGAUGACUGCAGUGCUGCCUCCUCGCGCGUCAAAGACCAGCACCCCCCACACAUUCCCAUGAGAUGAAAACGCAGACCUUAUGCUCUGAGAACAUCUCAAAGAUCGUUAUAUCUCAGCACACGACAGACGUGAGCUCUUCUCCGGAGACUGAGUCCAUAGAUGUGGGCUCUGCUUUGCUCCCUCCUCACCUGGCAGGUCUCAGCUUCAGUGAAGCUUUCUGUGGCAAAUCAUGUAUCUGAUGAGGGGUUAAUACCCAAAACACAUAAAGAACUCAUACAGUGCAAUAGCAAAAAAUCAAACAAUCUGAUUUUUAAAAUGGGCAGAGGAACUAAGUAGACAUAUUUUCCAAAGAAGACACAGUUGGCCAGUACAUAUUUGAAGGUGUUCAACAUCACUAGUCAUAGGGAAAUGCAAAU